AUGAAAAUCAUCCCUAUUGGUGUUCUCGAAGACAACUACUCGUAUAUCCUGAUUGACGACAAGACGAAAGAAGCCGCUGUCAUUGACCCGGUUGAGCCUAUCAAGAUUUUGAACGUGAUCAGUCAAACGGGGGCGAAACUAUCCAGUGUAUUUAUCACACAUCACCACUGGGAUCAUGCUGGCGGGAAUAUUGAGCUUGUUGCGAAAAAACCCGGCCUUGCAGUAUAUGGUGCCGAUGCCCGCAUUCCAGAGAUCAACUAUGUAUGCAAAGAUCAUGAAGAAUUUAAGCUUGGAUCACUUGAAAUCACACCAUUACACACACCUUGCCACACCAAAGGCCACGUAUGCUACUAUGUUGUCGAUCCUGCUACAAACGAAAAGGCCGUCUUCACCGGCGACACUCUUUUCAUUGCCGGAAUUGGAAAAUUCUUCGAAGGUGAUGCACGGGACAUGUACCGAAUCCUCUUUCAUGUUAUCACAAAGCUUCCUGAUGAUACUUGGGUCUAUUGUGGUCACGAAUACACAAGAAACAAUCUCAAGUUUGCGCUUACAGUGGAGCCACAAAAUGAAGCAUUGAUGGCGAAAUGGGCCUGGUGCCAAGAUAAGACCAUCACUGUACCGUCAACCAUCGCACAGGAGAAGAUGUACAAUCCUUUCUUACGAGUCAACGAGCAAUCGCUUCAAAUGUUUGCAGGCAAAACAGAUCCAGUUGAGACGUUGGCUACCUUACGAGAGCUCAAGGAUGCUUUUCGAUAG